AUGGCCGCCAUUCUUAACGAUUGCGGUUCCCUCUCGCCUGUACUAUACAAAGACAGACAAGCUGCUAUUUUCGGGAGAGAGAUUCGCGAUAAAAGACAAUCAAGACGUUGCAGGAGUAUAACUGCGACUUCGGUGCAAAAUUUUAUUGGUCUUGGCACUAUUUUAGUAGACAAGACACGGACGACACAGUUUGCUGAUACGGAAUGGGCUACAGGCGACUGGGUCGAUUACUAUGCCCCUAUCAAUCCUCGGGGAGAUGGCUAUCAAAGUCCCAGUGGCAGCAGCGCGGGCAGUGGCGCUGGACUGGCUGUAUAUCCUUGGCUUGACUUUGCGACAGGCACUGACUCUUGUGGUAGCAUUCUAUCUCCUGCCGCUGUACAGAUUCUCUUUAAUAUGUGGCCUUCGCUACGCGUUACAGAUGUCGAAGGAGUGUUACCGUGGUCUCCGAUGUUUGAUACUUUUGGAGUGUUUCCACGAGACCUUGAAUCUUAUGUCACUGCGGCCAGAGUUAUACAUGCAGAUUCAGAAGCCAAGAAGUGUCUAUCGAAGCCCCGUCGUAUACUGUAUCCCACAGAUUACUUACCUGUAGAGCAUUCGGAAAGUCAAGAUUUCUACAAUAACUUUAUCGCAAAGCUCGAGUCUUUGGGUAUACAGAAGGAGGAGCUCGACCUAUCCGUCUUGUGGUUGAAGUCUAACCCUAUCCAGACCACCCAAGCUCUGUCAGAGUACCUACAUAAUAAUUUACCGUACGUGUAUGAGCUAGCCCAAUUCAAGUCCUACGAGAAAUUUGCUAGGGAGUACAAAGAAGCCUAUGGAGUGAAGCCCAUCUUUAAUCCACAAGGCCAAUUUCGGUUCGAGUGGGCUCCAACGGCGACUGAAAGUAUGCAGGUUGAAGGUUUAAAACAGUCAGCCGUUUUCAAGAAAUGGAUCGAGGCCGAAAUCCUCCCUGUUAACGAAUACGGCUGCUCAGAGAAUUUGCUUCUUCUGCCGUGGACUUUUGCAUCGCCUACCUAUCGGAAUCUGUACCACGAACGUCCAGCCUGGGUCGGUGCGGGGUUCUUCUUUUACGACAUUUUACCCUAUGCUCAAGCCCCCGAAACGAUUCUACCCAUCGGCCAAACCCGAAACCAUUCUCGCGUUACCGACAGCGAAGAGUGGCUACCUGUCAGUAAUGGAAUCAUCGCCUCCCAAAACAACGAUAUUUUCCGUACCGAGGCUGUUCUAUGA